AUGGACCAGUUGGAGUUAACCCAGACCGCCCUGGACGUUUUCCGAAUCGUUCAUCAAAAGGUCCUGUUGGGAACUCACCGAAGUUUAAAAUCUAAGAUGGCCGCCGCAACGGCUCAUACUGAAACGGCUAUGUCACUUAGCCUAAGAAAGGGCUUCAAAGAUAGGACUGACAUUGACUCCUGCACUCCACUCUCCUACCUUGGCAUGAACUUGUCUCAUCGGAUGGCACUUAUGCCUAGCUCCUGCAUCCACUUACCUGGACUUGUGGAGUGGAACUCCCCAUCGCAGUCCUGCACCCAGGAGAGUGACUCGCCGGCAUGGGGUGCACCUCUCCAGGAUUACCAAUCAUGGCUCAUCGAAGGACCGGAUCCGAGGGCAUCAGAUGAUGACUCGAGCAGAGCUCUUGGGAUGGUGGAGUGGUCUGAGCUGGACCUGUUGCUGUGCUGGGACUACCCUUAA